CCGCUUCGCGCGCGCGACCAACAGUUCAGGGAAAGCAAAGCAAAGCGAAAGGCUGUAUGACUUUAGAAGAGGCUCCUGAACAACCGACUCGUCUCCAUUGAACGCAGCGUCCUGUGGUGUAUCUAAUGUUGCGUCCUGACAGACCGAGAGCUGAGGACAAUCCUUUAAGACAAGCGCGUGCUGAGAUGUCCUGCAGCUUGUUGCCCUGGCCGAGGCUCCCAUAAUUCAAUCAAGUGCUUGGUUUUGCCCUCAGAUGAGCCAUUGUGUGGACUAAGAACAACCUCAAGGGCACAGUGUGGCAUCAGGCCAUGUGGAGAUCAGCAGAGAAAAGAUAACUUCACGGCAUUAGUCACACCAAUGGACACAGCAGGCAGAGUAUCGCGUCUGCCGAGCUAGACGAUAUUCUCCAGUAAUCUGAUAAGAAGCCCAGCUAGGCCAUCAGUGUGGAGUAGCAAAGGAGAAAGUGCAGCGGGCGUGUGUGGCGGGCAGAGUUUUGGCUGGAGAUGCACACACUCAUGCCCCAGUUGUUGGAACCGGUUUCCGAAGGUUCUUUGAUGGCCCGGCUGCUUUCACUUCUGCUUCUGCUGGGAUUCAGCUCUGACUUCACUCAUGCGAACGUGCUGGACGCAAUGCUGUUGAGGAAUUCCGGGAAGGUGACGCUGGAUAGCCGAAAGGAGGACGGUAGGAGCUCGGUGCCUGUGGUUCCUGAGAGGACUCUGUGGUGUCACUGUUACCACCACUGUCCAGAGGACUCUGUUAACAACACCUGCAGAACUGAUGGCUACUGCUUCACCAUGGUGGAGGAGGAAGAGGGCGGCCCCCCAACACUCACCUCAGGCUGUUUGGGUUUGGUGGGCUCUGAAUUUCAGUGCAGGGAUACUGGGAAUUCCCGUUUGAGGAGGGCGCUGGAGUGCUGUACCGACCAGGACUACUGCAACCGAGACCUUCACCCAACCUUGCCGCCUAUUAACACCCCAAACUACGUGGACAACAGCAUCCACCAGAUGGCUCUGUUCAUCUCCAUAGCAGUGUGCAGCAUUAUCCUCAUCUUUAUCAUUGUGUUCUGUUACUUCAGGUACAAGCGGCAAGAGCUGAGGCCUCGGUAUACUAUAGGUUUGGAGCAGGAUGAGACAUACAUCCCUCCAGGAGAGUCUCUGAAGGACCUGAUCGAGCAGUCGCAAAGUUCAGGCAGUGGCUCAGGACUUCCCCUGCUGGUGCAGCGCACCAUAGCUAAGCAGAUCCAGAUGGUGAAGCAGAUCGGAAAGGGACGCUACGGGGAGGUGUGGAUGGGACGCUGGAGAGGUGAAAGGGUGGCUGUCAAGGUGUUCUUCACCACUGAGGAGGCCAGCUGGUUCAGAGAGACCGAGAUUUACCAGACCGUCCUCAUGAGGCAUGAGAAUAUACUAGGCUUCAUUGCAGCAGACAUAAAGGGAACAGGUUCAUGGACGCAGCUCUACCUGAUCACAGACUACCACGAGAGCGGCUCUCUGUACGACUACCUCAAAUCCACCACGCUAGAUACACGGGCGCUCCUACGACUGGCGUACUCAGCCGUCUCAGGGCUCUGCCACCUGCACACUGAGAUAUUUGGCACACAGGGCAAGCCAGCCAUCGCCCACCGUGACCUCAAGAGUAAGAACAUUCUGGUGAAGAAGAACGGCACAUGUUGCAUCGCCGACCUCGGCCUAGCCGUCAAGUUCAUAAGUGACACCAAUGAGGUAGACAUUCCUCCUAACACACGAGUGGGCACCAAGCGCUAUAUGCCCCCAGAGGUACUGGACGAAACCCUGAAUUGCAAUCACUUUCAGUCCUACAUCAUGGCUGACAUGUACAGCUUUGGCCUGAUCCUGUGGGAGAUCGCCAGGAGAUGUGUGUCAGGAGGGAUUGUGGAGGAGUAUCAGUUGCCUUACCAUGACCAGGUACCUACGGACCCGUCCUAUGAAGAUAUGAGAGGAGUGGUGUGUAUAAAGAGACAGCGUCCCUCUUUUGCCAACCGCUGGGCAAGCGAUGAGUGCUUGAGACAGAUGGGCAAGCUGAUGAGUGAAUGCUGGGCGCAUAACCCAGGCUCCCGCCUCACCGCCCUCAGGGUGAAGAAAACUCUGGCUAAAAUGUCUGAGUCGCAGGACAUUAAACUGUGAGGGACGCUCAGAUCGCUCCAACAGACUCAGAGAAAAGUGGUGGAGGUGGGACAGCCGUCUCACUCCUCUCCGCUCCAGGCCGAGCGACAGGCUCCCGGCGGCCUCAUUCUGCUUUCUGUGAAAGCAACCAGCCAGCAGAGCACAGGACAGGUUGCCCCCCCUGCUGGUGCAUACUAGAGAAAUCCUCCUCCCAUGCUGACACCCGGGACAGACGGGACACGGAGCACUGCCCGUCGCACCCUCACCUACAGCCUUUUAUUUCAUGUCACACCUUUCUGCUAUGGUUCUGUCGCCUUUUUUUAUUUAAUGUUGUUUUAUCAUUUUCACUGAAAGGUAAGAUAUGCUUUGAUGAAAAAGGUUGAAAAAACUAAGGUCAUAAAAUAAUUUCCUAUAUUUUUGUCCUUCCAUUUCACUGAUAUUAACAAGAGGGUUAUGACAGAUAUCAUAUCACAGUACUUGAAGACUGGAGACAUAGUGUAUAUAUACAGUAUAUAUUUCCUUGCAGUUCAUGUGACAUCACACUGUAUAAUCACCGUAUACAAUACAAUACUUGAUAUUGACUUAUCUUCCCUAUAAUGACAAAUUCUGGAGAAACAUUCUGUGAUCCUUUAACGCACCCAGACACUUCGCUUCUGUCCUCUCUGAUGCACUCAAGAAUAGCGAGCGAAAUUUUCUAGGGUGUCUGGAAAGUCAGGGUCCAGCGGGAACAUGUAGAGCAAAAACCAUAAUACGAGGCAUAAAGGUGCAUAAGACACAUGUUGUAAAUAAUAAAUAUAAAAUUAACUAUUUUACUCUCAUAGGACUUUUCAGACACUCUGAAUCAGGAAAAUUUGCCAGUCUGUUUUAUUGGCUAAAUCAAAGUACUGUUAAUCAUCUUCCGAAGUGUGAAAAAUGACAAGGCCGAAACACAAGGAAAUAUUAUGUUCGCUGGAUUUUAAAAAAACUCUCAGACACUCAACUACUGUGACUAACAGUGGAGUCGGUCAGUAUUACCGAGGUACGGACUGUUCGUACUCUAGUUCAGUGUAAAUGUGCAUUGUGAUGCAAUAUAAUUUAAUAUCACUACAUUACCCAGCCCUACGCUUUUAUUGAGGUUAAUUAAAGUAACGAUGCAGACGAUACCUACUGUAGGCAUUUUUGUUACCUUUCAGGCCAUUUGUGUUUGCCCUGUACAUAACUGUAACCCAAAAUAUGAAUGUAAAUAGUGAUAUCGAAAUGUAUUGUUAAUUAUGGAUUGACUAAGAAUUAUUUUUUUUUGUGUUUCCAUUAAGGGACUCUGUUUUGGUUUGUGUCUUAUUUAACAUGUACAUUUAUUAUGUGAAUUAUAACGGCGAACUGACUGAAAGACAACACGGCAACAGUUGUGAAAGUUUUGUCAGCUUUGUUUCACUCUUUAAAUGUCUAGUUAGGGGUGUUUCUCCCGUUCCUGUAGGAAGGCUUGGUGGACCUGCUGGUUGUUUGAAGGCAGAGAUGAUCACGUCAUGGUUACGGUGUUCAUCAGUGUUCCAGUGUCCUCCAGGGUUAAAAGGAACAUCAGAUCUGAGGAUGUUCAUCUGGCAUCGCUUGGCACUAGAUAUGCCUGCUUCGUAACAGCCUCUUGUGUCACUGUGUGAUGGGCAGGAAACUGUGUGGUUUUUAUGCAUAGCAGAGGUCUAUGAACCGGGCUGUUUUCAACCAUGACUGAUGACGUUUUCUUCCACCUGGAUCUCAUUAGGUAAAUGUACACACUGUGAUUGGCAAAUACCUCAGUGCACGAGCUGUAUUGUUGGCCACAGGUUUGCUGUAAAAUUACACGUAUGUGUAUUUCUCCUCUUCACCAGUAUGUAUGUAAAUGGAGUAUGUAUCAGGUUAACAUUCCCAUUCCCCUUUAAUAAAAUGUUUAAAAGUCCUA